UACAGCAGCAGCCCUGCAUCCUCCCUCCCCGGGUAGCAGAGCAGACAUCCCCAGCCUAGGUGGUGAGACACGGAGGAACACACCGAGUGAUGCUACUGCACCAACCGCUCCUCGCAUCAGCGAAAACACGCAGUGAAUAAUUUUGCCACGUCUGCCGGAGGAAUAAAUAUCUUUUUUUUUUCUCGAGACAGCAACUGCCCAUGAAGAUGUCUAACGUUGAAAUGGUCAUAAACCCCUCCGAACGGCAGGUGAAAUCCGUGCCGUUCCCCCUGAGCCACCGGCUCUCCAUGAAGGAGGUGUUCGACUGCGAGGGGAAGCCGCGCGUGGACCUGCUGAAGGCCCACCUCACCAAGGAGGGCCGCGUGGAGGAGGCCGUCGCCCUGCGCAUCGUCACCGAGGGAGCCUCCAUCCUGCGCAAGGAGAACACCAUGCUGGACAUCGAGGCGCCCGUCACAGUGUGUGGAGACAUCCACGGGCAGUUCUUCGACUUGAUGAAGCUGUUUGAAGUGGGGGGGUCCCCUGCCACAACACGGUACCUCUUCCUGGGAGACUAUGUGGACCGAGGCUACUUCAGUAUCGAGUGUGUUUUGUACUUGUGGUCGCUGAAAAUCCUGUAUCCACGGUCUCUAUUUCUACUUCGGGGAAACCAUGAGUGCAGACAUCUGACAGAGUAUUUCACUUUCAAACAGGAAUGUAAAAUCAAGUAUUCGGAGCAGGUGUAUGACGCCUGCAUGGACGCGUUUGACUGCCUUCCCCUGGCCGCCCUCAUGAAUCAGCAGUUCCUGUGCGUUCACGGGGGACUCUCCCCAGAAGUACACAACCUCGACGACAUAAAAAAGUUGGACAGGUUCAAGGAGCCUCCUGCUUUCGGGCCGAUGUGUGACCUGCUGUGGUCCGACCCUCUGGAGGACUUUGGGAAUGAGAAGACCCAGGAGUUCUUCAGCCACAACACAGUCAGGGGCUGUUCAUACUUCUACAGCUAUCCUGCCGUGUGUGAGUUCCUACAGAAUAAUAACUUAUUAUCAGUCAUCCGAGCACAUGAGGCACAAGAUGCUGGUUAUAGGAUGUAUCGGAAGAGUCAGACCACCGGAUUUCCCUCUUUAAUAACCAUCUUCUCGGCACCAAACUACCUUGAUGUUUACAAUAAUAAAGCUGCGGUUCUCAAGUACGAGAAUAAUGUGAUGAAUAUUCGGCAGUUUAACUGCUCUCCCCACCCCUACUGGCUUCCCAACUUCAUGGACGUCUUCACCUGGUCUCUGCCCUUCGUCGGGGAGAAAGUUACAGAGAUGCUGGUCAACGUGUUGAGCAUUUGUUCCGAUGAUGAACUCAUGAACGACGAGGAAGAGAUCUUUGAUGCCAAUGCAGCGGCAGCUCGGAAGGAGGUGAUCAGGAACAAGAUCCGGGCGAUUGGGAAGAUGGCCAAGAUGUUUUCUGUGCUGAGGGAGGAGAGUGAGAGUGUGCUGACUCUGAAGGGGCUCACUCCCACCGGCAUGCUGCCCAGCGGGGCUCUCUCUGGGGGGAAGAAGACGCUGGAGAACGCCACCAUCCAAGCUAUAGAAGCCAUAGAGACGGAUGAGGAUGAGGACGGUGAAGUCCGUGGAUUUGCACAGCACAAGAUCACCAGCUUCGAGGAGGCCAAGGGUCUGGACCGCAUCAACGAGCGCAUGCCGCCCCGCCGUGACGCCGUCAACAACGUGGGACACUCCAUGGGCAAAAUGAACGUGUCGGAGCCCAACGGCACGGACGAUAACCGCAAUAUACAGUGAGCCGCCCUCGCCGCUCCUCCAGCUAGCGGUCAACCGUCCUCUGCUACCGCCAACACUACCUGUGUCACCAGGACACGGCACAACCAUACGCCCCGGUCUCUCCGCUCUUCACCGAUACGAAAAAAAACAAACGAAUAAAUACAAAAACGAAAAUCCGAAAAUUACACACAACAUCCGCGACGACAAAGGACAUCUUCAUCGACAGAAACGAGACACUCGCUUGAAUUUUUUUAAAAGUAGGGAACCCCCGGUCUCCUUGUACAGGACAGGACGUGAGGGUGGUUUUUUGGGGUUUGACUGGGAUGUGGCUCGUGGGGGGGUCCCGCUCUGAUGGAGAAGACCCCGAUGUUCUGCUGAGAGGGGGAAAGGCGGGCGGAGUGA